AUGUCGCACCUCAGUGGGAAUGCCUGGGCAAUCCAAGCCCGUGAAAGAGAGCGCCACAGUCAAGAAGGCGACUCCAUCAAAGACAUCGAACCCAUCGUGAGCAACCAGUCUGACUCCCGUCCUGACACUUCUCGCAAGUCGUCCGGACUGGACUACGACCAGGAGCUCGCUCUCCCCAUGCCUAAGCCCCGGCACGUCCCCAUCCCGGACGGUGAAGAGACCACGGCUCAUUCUCAAAAGGUCAGUGUACUGACCAAGGCGCUCACCAAGAGACGCAACACAAACACUGAGUCGUCCCAGUCGGAGGGCACUGAACAAAAGGGCGAGGGUGACAAAAAGCCGUCGAGAAUGGCGGUCCUCCGCUCCAAGUUCAGUCUCAAAGAUAUCGGCAAGGACUUCCGCAAAGACAAUCCCCUCACCAGCGUGCCGAGCCUUCCUAAAGACAGCAUGCUCCAGAGUGAGAGAAAGUCGGCCGGUAUCGAAGGCAACUAUCAUGAGGCCAGGCUGUACAUGGCUAAGGCCAGAGAAUUGGACGCCCAACCUUUGUCUGCGCCGCCCUUCCAGACCACUACCUUCAUCGACAUGGGCGUGCAUAACAACAACGAGAACCCCAUGGGGGCCUCUCAAAACUUCGAAGCCAUCACUGUCGAUGGCAAAAUGGACAAAGGCAAGAAGGCCGUCUGUGACGUGGCAUAUAUCGACGAAAGUCCCGUUCUGGGCAAGGCGGAGCCCAUGCAGCACGUCCAGACCGUCCUUCUCGACGGGUCUUCUCCUCUUGCACGUACAGGCGAGUUCUCCAACGAGGGACAUGCGGAGGUCGUCAACAGCGACCACAGAGUCUCCGGCAUGAAGGCAGAGGGCGAAUCGUUUGCAGCCAUUGUGAACAAACCCCCUGUCAUUCCCGCUGCCGCGUCUCCGUAUGUGCCGUCCGUGAAGACCAGCGCCGAAAUUGAAAAGCAGUCGGCGGCGAAACUCGAUGACCACGCGGCUGAAAAGAAAAACGAGAAGAAGUACCCGCUGGUGGUGUCUUCCCAGAAAGGGUCCUCUGUGGCUUCGUCUGCGGGCAAGAGCUACAGCCCUUUCAUCGUCUCGUCGGACCAGGCCACCGCGUACAACAAAUAUUACCCUGCGGUGGGCCAGCCUACUGCCUUCGGCCCGGCCGUGUCGACCUUUGAUCCUCUGCACAACGUCCAGCAUGACGCCCCGUACAAUACGCAGACAAUGACAAUGAACUAUGAUGCGUAUUAUGCGGGGGUCACCAGCCAGGGGGGAUACGCACCACCUCCGCCGCAGGAGGGAUAUCAGAACACGGUGACGCUUGAGCAGCAUGUCGCCACACAAGCCGACGCGAUCCACCAUCACCUGGACUCAGCACUCCAGCGCGUCACUCGCGACCUGGAGAACAGCAACAACCGGGUCACGGAUCAGCUCUCGAAGAAUGUGGACAAUAUGUGGGAGCUUCUGCGGUCGGUGAACCUUCGCUCGAUGGGGCAUGCAGACGCGAUCAAAGAACUUCAGCGGCUCCUGAUAGACGUCAGGAUGCAGCUCGGUGCGAUGCAGCGCGAGAACCGUCAGCUCGAGGACCGUGUGAUGACUAUUUUCCACACAGAAAUCUCCAAAGUGAGAGCUGAUAUCAGCGCCCUGUCUUCGAGGAUGAACAGCGUCCCCUACAGCCCUGUGAUGGUCGCGAGACCGGUCACCGAGCUGCAGGGGCCAGACGGAUUCCAGCGUGGUGUGCGCGAUGGAGAAAGGAAGAUGUUCAACAACAGGAAGGCAAAGAGGGUGGUGAAGAAGGAUGAGGAGAUGGGGGGAAAGGAAGAAGAGAGUGAGAGAAACAACGAACACAACAACAACGAAGGGGCGGCUGGUGACUUCCUGAACAAACGCGCCGAGCCUGUUGACAUCACAAACAAGGACGACGUCUUCACUCAGCCCACUGGCCGCCGCACCAUCCUGAAGAACCCAGCCCGCAUCUCGACUGGAAGCCCCGAGCCCAAGGCGACUGCCAGCCUGAAAAGCGCUGUGCUCACCUCCGCCGUUGAACCUGAAAAUGGCAACGGCCAGGGCACUUCCAACGAGAAUGUGAAGACCCCCAGCAGACGGGGCCUGUGGCAUCUGCGCCGUUCGCGCGAAGACGACAAGUCCACCGGCAGCCGCUUCCUGCAGACUCCCCGUCGCAACCGCCAGAACAACAACAAGGCCUCUGCCGAAAUGCAGAAGGCCCAUCCUGCGACUCCUCAGACCAAGUCUGCGCCCGCCAGUCCUCGCAGCCAGCACGAUCGCGUCUCAGCCCAGCACGAGGAAAGCCCCAGCUCUAUCCAUCCGGCCCUGCGCAACCCGCGCCAGCGUCAGAUCAUGGCCGAGCGCGAGCGCCAGGCCCAGGCCGCGCCGCAGCAGCAGAACAUCGAAAACGUCGUCUCAUCCCGGAGACCCGACCUGAGAGCGCAGAUGCCCCGUCCCGUCAUCCACGUCAAUCUCCCUGUGGCGACGCACUACCCCUACGCGGGAAUCGCCUACGGUGCCGUCCCUAUGAUGUACCAGCCCCAGCUGGCCGCGCAUCCGAACGUCAAUUCCAUGGGCCGUGCCCACAUGAUGCCUCGCUUUGGAGCGGUUGCGGAUGCGUAUGCGUAUGCUCAGAACGCCCAGGCAGCUGUGAUGGCUUCUCGCGGCCUUCCCCCCGCGCCUGGCUAUUCCCCUCCUUCUGUGCCGGAGCAGGAGAACGCCCAGCAUUGA